AAAUACUAGACAAUCACACACCUUUCUGAUACCAUAUUUUUGGGAAAAGCCUUCAUAAUCGACUUCUCUGAGUUCUUUAAUUAUUUGUAGUAAACACAUGUGGUGUGUAAGUGAUCAACAGUUUUGAGGUAAGAGAAGUUGGGAAGAAAAAGAACGAAUGCUUACUGUUGACGAUAAGUCCAACACUUGUCCAAUUGGUUCCACACUGAUGGUUGAAACUGUCUUCAUCACAAAUCGUCAAAAGCUGAGGUCUGUGCACUUGAUGUAUAAGGAUUUGGUAUUCCUACGUUUUUAUCCCCCACCCCAAAAAAGGAAAUUACUAAACUGCAUGCAAUCAAAUGAAAAAUAUAAAAGUGUUUCCCAAACUGGUUUAGUGUGUACGCAUAUAUGCCAACUAAACUUUUUCAUUUUAAAACAUCUGUCGCUUUGCUUAGUUCCUUACUGUGGUAUAUAUCUGCGCUUUUUGAAAACUACUUGUCUGCAGAUUAUUUAACUGAUGUACAAAACAGUUACAGAUUAAACUGGACAAUUUUAACAGUGAUCUGAUGGAAGUGUGAAUGGUUAAUCGCGGUUUUACUUUAAUAGAUACUCUGUUUCACCUACUAAACGAUAAUCUCAGAGUUUUGACUUCCUAUUUGCAGAUAACCUGUAUAAUGAAUGCCAUGUUGUGCUUACUGAAUCACU